AUGUCGGAAAAACAACAUAGCCAGCCGCAAAAAUCCUCAGUAGAGAAAAACAUAGUAUCGAUACAGAACAGACAUGGCGAGAAGCUUGUCGGGAUACUGCACGAAACUGGGUCGAGCGAGGUUGUGAUUAUCUGCCAUGGAUUUCGAUCCUCGAAGGAUCGGAUUCCUAUGGUGUCUCUUGCGUUUGCUUUUGAAAGAGAAGGAAUUAGUGCCUUCCGCUUCGACUUUGCCGGUAACGGGGAGAGUGAAGGAUCAUUUCAGUAUGGAAAUUACCGUCGAGAAGCUGAUGACUUGCGUUCUGUAGUCGAGCACUUUCAGAAGGAGCAUCGUCAGGUAGUGGCACUUGUCGGGCACAGUAAAGGGGGGAAUGCUGUGCUUUUGUAUGCCUCAAUGUACAACGAUGUACGCACAAUCGUCAACGUAUCUGGCCGUUUUGAUCUAAGGAGAGGGAUUGAAGGUCGGUUGGGUCGAGAUUUCCGUGAAAAAAUCGAGCAGAAUGGAUUUAUUGAUGUGAAAAACAGAAAAGGGAAAAUCGAGUAUCGAGUGACUAAGGAGAGCUUGAUGGACCGGUUAACAACUGAUACUCUUGCUGCCUGUCAAACCAUACCACAAAGCUGCAGGGUGUUCACUGUCCAUGGUACAAUGGAUGAAUUCGUUCAAGUUGAAGAUGCAAUCGAAUUCGACAAGCAUAUACCGAAUCACAGUUUGUAUAUAGUCAAAGGAGCUGAUCACGAAUACACUAAGCAUCAAACCGAGUUGACUUCGCAUGUGGUUAACUUUGUGAAGGCAGGCAUGCGUGAAAAUGCCCCUGAAACUGUUUCGUCGUGCUGUGAUAUGGACUUUGGGCUUCUUCAGCUGGCUGGGCCUGAUGGGGCUGUUUGCCGGCCCGCCCGUUCCAAGCGGGGAGUUGGACCGUGUGGCCUAGGCGAAGGCUUGGGCUUCCUGGUUCCUAGAGCGGUGGAUACUGCGUCAGGCUGGCUUCACAGAGCAGCGAGAACCACCCGCUUUCUGCAGUGGAAGGAUAACGGGCUGCUGUCUCCUUGGCCCAACAAAGCCUGA